GUCCUGCUCGCCCACCGACCCUACGACUGUCCCAUAAUUGACCGAGGUCGGUCCUUUCGUUUCACCUUGACGCCGUUCCUGAACCGUACCGUAGUUUUCUUUCUCGGUAUCUGAAUUACGUAUACAUUGUAUGCCUAUCCAACUUAGAGCGUUGUCUUGGGAGAGAGACGAGGCGAGGGACGGGGAUCAAGGAACCCUCGGAACACACUAAUCGACUUAUUGGAUUGCCUUGCACACCGAACGACAGCGCCUAUCCCGACGAUUCAACCUCCAGGUAUUAUUGCCAGUCUAUCUAUUGGUCGAAGGACUUGUUUGCGUGUAAGAUGGGUCAUAAAUCUAAAUUCACCUUCCCUAUGCCGGGACGCUCCGCGAGGCAGACUCCUGCCGUGGCGACAUCGAACUCUCUCUCAAAGGCGGAAAAGAUUCUGGGAACUGGGUCUCCCACAGCGACGAGGGAACCCGGCCGAUUGUGGGAAACGGAAUCGAAUGGCGGUAUCAGUAUAUCGAUAUCAGAAAGUAGCACUAGCCAAUCCGGCGUCGUAGAUGAGGACGACGAUAUACUUGCCGGAACGAAUUACGGCGGAACUCUAUGGGAGGAGGAAUCUGAGGCUCUUCCCCGACGACUGCGUAGCGCCAAUACCUCGUUCGGCAAAGGAUUAAAGACAAAGAGGUCGGCGGCCACCCUCGGUGCUCGCAGUCGAGACGCUACAACAGAUGACUCGAAUCCUCCCCGACCUCAGUCCAGUUCUACUGUUUACUCGCAUUAUGAAUCGGCCAAGAUGCCGCUCUCAAUAUCCCAGCAGACUUCGAAUUCAGCGAUGGCAAAGGGAUUACCAUCGAAAGCCGGCGCGUUAUUGGACAUAGACGGAACGCUUUAUGGCAAGGGUCCGGGUCCGCAAAAGAAGAAGCCUUCGAAGUUGGACUUCUCAAAGCUGAGGUUGAGGUCUCGUAAGGACCACGUUCGGGACUCCCAUGCAGUUGGUCCCGUUUUAGGGAACAAUUAUGUGAUGAGAUCACCAUCUGUUAUGUCACAUAUGUCACAUUCCUUGGCUUCGUCGAAUUCUGAUGAGAAAACACCGACACCAGACAUGAAGAUAACAUCUCAAGCAGCCCCUCAGAUGUUGGGGAGACCUGGCCGCUUAAAGGGUACGAACGAUGCGAGUACACUAACUCAACUUUACGACCAUUAUGAACAAAUGUCGUUCCGGCAUGCCGAGGAUUUGCAAGAGGAGGACGAAGAGGAUGAGGUGUUGAACAAGACGCUAUCGAACCAGCAACGCUUACUACCCCGUACUUACGAACCCGAAGUUCCUGACACAUCUCGCGAGGAUAUGAUCACACCACUGCCAAAUAAUGCGAGGUGGACACAUAGCCGAAACACUUCGCACUCGAGCAAAGCCACGGCAACCAGAGCUGGAACACCAAGCACGUUACAAAUACGCCCGGCAUCUAGGAAUGAUUAUCCCGCAAGUAUAUCGAGCCGACAUACGCGGACGUCAAAGGCCACCCCGUCCAUCAUGAGUACCUUGGACUCUGAUCGGCAACAACAAAGCGUGUUGUCGCUUACCGAUUCGGAUUCGGACGAGGAGGCCGCGUAUUCUGGACCAGGUUCAUCUUUACCCUCGUAUGAAAACAGCUUUCGUGAUGACAUUAGCGUAUCCUCGAGCCAACGGCAACCUAGUACAUCGAGAUUAUCAAUCAGCAGUCACUCAACUAAUCCCAAAGGGGCGUCUUAUGCCCAGCUUAACGAUUUCCUCACUAUCCCGCAGGCUUCUCCGAAGACGAAAGCUGGCCGGUCGGCUUCGACGAAUACGAAUUACUCAGCAAAUUCAUCUAUGAGCACGGCAACUCAUGCGUCCCUGCCUUCUCACUCCUCUCAGCGGGAACAUAGAGGAUCUGUAUCAACGACGGGAACGGCAGGAUCUAUAUUGUCUCCCACCUACAGUAUCCCGCCUAAUUACAAGGUGCAGGAAGCGAAGGCAAUCACUUUCACCCCGCUAGCCUCUACUGCCGAGGCUGCAUCGUCAGUUACUGUUAGUCGUAUAUCGAAAAACCUGGAUCGCAAAGUCUCACGACAAGGAAAGCAGCGUACCAUAUCGCAAAAUUCUCACGCCUCAGACCAGCCAACGCCACCAUUAUCACCCUCGAGUAUCGACUUCCAUAAGAAAUCGUUAGAGACGGCACGGCAGGAAGCGGCGGCUGACAAGAAUACCGAAUCGUAUAACGCACGGUUAAUGGCUGUGACGAGGCAGGAGGAGAUGCUUCUCGCCGCGCUGAGGAAGAAGAGGGCUAGGAUGCGAGAGAAUAUAAUAGCCGAAAUUGAGGAAGAUAGGGGUCCCCGAGGUAGCGCAGCUGGCUCAGCCGCCGAAGAAGACCUUGAAAAAUUGGCAUCGGCGAACCUGAGAGACGCGGAGAGGCAGGCUGCAAAGGAAACCAAAGAGGCUAGGGAGGCUCGUGUCAAGGCGAAGCAACCGAAGAACGUCCCCAAGAGGGCAUCGUCUCUAAUGCGGCAAACUCGACCACGCGAUCAUUCUAACGGACCACGUGGCGUGGACAAUCCGCCAUCGACUAGCCACAGCGACCCGGCAGAGAAGGGAUCUCUUCGAUUAAGGCUUUCCCCCGAAUCUGAGCCUCGACGAACCGGGAAAUCUCGUCACGAGCGCGUGCUCCUGUACUUGGACCGGCCCAUUGAUAGUAUCGAUGUGAUCGACCAGGCGGAGCCGAGCCCUGAUUUAAGCGAAUUCCUGGAGGAGGAGUUGGACUUCCCGCUUCCGGGUGGCCGCCAAAGUAGGACGAGAUCCAAACUCGGCCAUUACGAGGGAAAUGGACGACCGAGGCCUGACUCAAGUCCAGUGAGUCCGAAGACGAACCCGAUGAGACUUUUACCGAAGACGAAGCCCGAUGCCUAUGUCAAUGAGGACAUCGAUGCCGACGACUUUGAUGACCACGACUUUGCCGAGGAGGUUGCCGAUAGGCGCAAAAUGGCAUUACCGCCGGUGCCAGAGAAGGGCGUUCCUAGACCGGAUAGCCCACUCUCGCCAGACGAUGGGUUAUUAUCGCCUUCCGUCUUUGGGCACAAGAAGGGCAAGAAGAGUGCUGUGGUGAGACUGAGUGCAGUGGGACAGGUCAGCUCUCCGAUUCCUUGGUGGGGCGAUGAUGACUGAAGUGGGAUGAGUUGCUCAUCAUUGAACCGACCUGAGGAUAAACAUUUUCUUCUCACGAUUUUGUCGGGCUAAACAGGACCGCACGUCACCAUCUUCUCUAUGUCUUUAAGAUGCACGCAUUUACAGUUCGGUUGUUUGUUUAGCGCUUGAUUUCUUAUUUUACGACUUUUUCAAGCAAGCGAGUUCAGGUUGGGAAUCAGAAAAAAUUAACAGGGAUCUUUUUUUCCGUAUUCAUAAGAUGGGAAAGCUCGGCAUCACUGCAUACGAUUUAAUAUUCUCGUUGCGAUCGAUCGAUCUCCCUUU